CCACUUGAUUGUCGAAUAUUAAUUUGUUCGACUCGCGUAUGUUCCGAGUGCUAUUAUUCGAGCGUGUCAAUUUGCAAAAAAUAACAUCCUAGAGUCAUUUCGCGUGGCAGCCAGAAAUCUAUAAACCCCACGUCGCCGAUUGGCCGAUUCUCGGGACACCAGGACCUUCCGAUUGUUCGGUCCCAGUGGAAAAACCCCAAGCACCGGUCGCCGUGAGUGGCUGCGGUCGAUAGCAGCUGAUAGCAGCGUAGUCAAACGAGACGUCGACGUCGACUCCCGGUGAAUAGACGUAUACGUACACACACGUGGCCGACAUUGUGCGCCGUUGUUUCGCGUAAUUCCUUCACGAGCAGUGAAAAGACACGGCAGUCGCGUUCGCCUCGAGAAUCUCGAGAUCCGCCAUCCGCCUCGGCGUCUGGGAACGUCCGGGAACAUCCCCGGGCACGUGUGGUCGCGAGCCGACCAAGUCCUAGCUACUCGUUAAAGGCAAUCGCGCUCGGCCGCGGCCGCGGGUGAAACCGUCUUCGACGAGGUCCAGGUCUCGGCGGUUCGUUCGCCUCGACCGUCUCGACGUCCUCGACGAUGGCAGAUAUGCCAGCGAACGUGAGCGUCACGCGAAAAAUGUCCUUCGGCAUCAACGGCAAGCUCAACGGCGUCGAGAGCAAGACUCCUUUUCUGAUAGGCGUCUCCGGCGGCACCGCGAGUGGCAAGUCUACGGUGUGCAAGCGUAUAAUGGAAAAACUAGGGCAAGUCGACAUGGAUCACCAAAAACGUCGAGUGGUGUGCAUAUCACAGGACAGCUUCUACCGUGACCUGAUGCCCGCUGAGAAACUGAAAGCUGAGAAGGGACAGUACAAUUUCGAUCAUCCCGAUGCCUUCGACGAUGACCUGAUUUUGCAAACGCUGCAGGAUAUACUUGCUGGUGUCAAGUGUGAAAUACCAGCUUAUGAUUAUAGGACAAACAGUUUAAUGAAGGAUCAAGUUACCACGAUAUAUCCCGCUGAUGUAGUACUGUUUGAAGGAAUACUGGUAUUUUAUUUUCCCAAGAUCCGGGAUUUGUUUCACAUGAAAUUGUUCGUGGAUACCGACUCUGACACCAGACUUGCAAGGAGAGUGCCAAGAGAUAUAAAGGAACGUGGAAGGGAUUUGGAUUACGUCCUGAAUCAAUACAUGAACUUUGUAAAACCAGCUUUCGAGGAGUUUUGCUUGCCAACAAAAAAGUUUGCGGAUGUUAUAAUACCUAGGGGUGCGGAUAACACAGUGGCAAUAGAUCUAAUAGUGCAUCACAUCUGGGAUAUUUUGCGUUUGAAAAACGCCGAAAACUCAGCCGGGCAGCAUCCAUUCCUCUACCAGCGUAGACGUACUUCGACCUCAUCCGACACGCUCAGCAGAUGACUUAAGCAUGAUAAGCUCACUCUGUCAAGCACUGCAUUUUUUCUACAUCACGCUCUUGUGUAUGACUGAAUUCUGUACGACAUUUUUCCAAUCCUUCUUCUAAUAAUUACGGAGAAGUAAUGUCCGUUUUUUUUAAAUGCAGGAUUACUCAUACAUUUAUGUCAUCGAUCGAUUCAAAUCAAUUAGCAGUGACUUGAAUAACGGAUAAUUCUCGAUAGACUCGAAUUCAUAAAUAGUGAGUCAAAUUAAUUAAAGUAAAAAACAAACAAAUGAAUACAAUAAGUACUUUUGCUAAAAUAUCUAUUAAAUUAGAUUCUGUUGUGAUCAAUCAAUUUCGAUGAGUAUUAAAUUUUGAUAUGAGACUUAAUAUUUGUAUUUACUAAUGUCUAGGAUUUUUAUUUCUGUUGUGAUACUUUCACACAAACGCUAGAUUAUGGUCAAUUAAACACGACGUUUGAUUAAAACUUUAUAUGAUGGAAACGGACAUUGUUUAUUCGCCAAUGAUGUAUUACAGUCAUUGAGAAUUUAUAUACCUUACAUUUUUACAUGGCGGAGAGAAUGGUGCUUUUUAUACAUAUUUUAUCCUAAAUGAGUACAUUAGCUUGAAUUACAAUUCUAAAUCGUCGAAAAAUGCAUGAAUUGUGUAAAUUCACUAAAAAAUAGGUGAAUUAAAAGGGAUUGACAGCAAUAGCGUCGAUGCAAUUGAAUUCUUAAUUUUUCAACUCUAGAUUUU